AUGGCUGGUGAGAAGUGUUUAGCCAGGCCCAUGUUAGGUCGCACGCGUCUUUGGAUUAGCCGCCGUGUUUACAGACUCCGUAAAACUUUGCCGGGUCGUCUCCCGUAUGAGUGGAUAUAUUAUGGUAUGAUGGCGGUGAGAAUGGUAGCCAAGGCCCAGUGUGAGGUCGAACGCGUCUUUGGGUUUAGCCGGCGGGUUGACAGACCCCGUACGUGGCCGGGUGCGUCCCGACGUAUGGUGGGAGAUAUGAUGGUGUGA